AUGGCCAAGCAGUCACCUGGUGGAAAUACAGCAUUAGGUACGAUAUUAUUUAAAGUCACAGCCACAGAUGAAGACAGUGGGCUGGCAGGUGUCGUGAGCUACAGUAUUGAUGAGGUUGUGCCGGAUGAUUCAUCUCUGUUUAAAAUAAACAGAUCUGGUGAAGUCCUACUGAAUGGAUUUUUGAACUAUGCCAACAAAAGUACUUUCUAUCAGCUAACAAUUAAUGCAUCGGAUGGCGGAGGUGAACUUUAUGGUCAGGCUGUUGUUCAGAGCACCAGUGCAUUUGCCUUCAUUACCAUUGAGGAUGUCGCUGAUCUGGAUCCAGACUUCUUAAACCUGCCUUAUCAGACCUCUGUGAAGGAACACACUCCUGUGGGCACCUCAGUGUUUAAAGUACAAGCUGUGGAUGGUGACAGAGGAAUCAAAGACAAAAUCUUUUAUAGCAUUAAGGAGACCAAUGCCCCUGGAUUGUUUGACAUUGACAGAAACAAUGGUGUUAUAACUGUGAAGGGUGAAAUUGAUAGGGAAGCAUUAUUGAACAUAACUGCUACUGUCAAUCUGCAGGUCAUGGCCGAAGAGGAAAACCCUAACAUUCAUGGGCAAAAUGCUAUGACAUCUGCAGAAGUCAUCAUCAAGAUUCUGGACAUCAAUGACAACAAGCCCAAGUUUUACAACUGCAUGGAGAGCGAAUGUGACUUCAGUGACAGCUCUGUAGCAAACAGUUUCACUGGUGACAUACAAGAGCAUGCCUCUGGAGGUGUCCCUGUCGCCAACAUGACCAUUACUGUCCGGGACCAGGAUGAGGGAAACAAUGCCAAAUUCAACUUGCGCCUGGAGGGAGAGGACAAAGAUGCAUUUUCCGUCUCACCCACCACUGCCAUGAGCAGUGCCCAGGUUCAGAUUCUGGUCAAGAGCCCUAGUGAAGUCAACUACGAGAGCAAAACCAUGAUGAGAGUGGAGAUUGUUGCCAGUGACGUCGCAAACGAGACUUACUAUUGCUCCACCGCCACAGUGACUAUUGCUCUUAUCGACAUGAAUGAUAACAGGCCAGAGUUUAAACAAGAAACCUAUCAGCUGCAAGUGAAUGAAAAUAGUCCAAAUGGAAAAGCUCUGAUGACCAUAACGGCUUCAGAUCCAGACACAGCAGAUGAGGGCAAGAUUACCUACAGGCUCCUACCAGACAGCAUAUUGCCUUAUUUUGAAGUUGGGAAAGAAAGCGGCACCAUUUUUGUGAAGAAUUCCACGCUGCUCGACAGGGAAACACGUCCUAUUUAUUUUGCCACUUUGCAAGCAAUUGAUACCGCGAACAACACAGGAACUGCAGUGCUGGAGAUCACCCUCAUAGAUGAGAAUGAUGAAACACCAGAGAUGGCCAGGGAUUAUUACAUUGACUUUGUGGAGGAGGGAAAGGAUGGACACUUACAACUUCAAAUCCAGGCUUUUGAUAAGGAUGAGCCAGGGACUAACAACAGUGAGAUCCGCUAUAGAAUAGAACCGAGCGAAUUCAGUGACAACUUCACCAUCAACGAAAAAACAGGCAUGCUGGAAAACAACGGCCCUUUGGAUAGGGAAGCCAUUGACCCCUCAUUGAACGGGGCAAUAAAACUGAUCGUGACAGCUUACGAUUUAGGGUUCCCAUCUAUGUCUUCCUCAGUGAAUGUAACCAUCAAUGUUGAGGAUAUCAAUGACAACAAACCAGUGUUUGCACCAGAUACGUAUGAUUUCUCAGUAAACGAAACUGAGAAAGGUGCGUUUGUAGGUUUGGUGUUUGCUCAGGACGCUGACCAAACAGAAAUUCACAACCGCAUCUCAUUCAGCAUCACUGAUGGGAGCUUUGGAAAUUUCAUCAUUCGCACGUUCUAUGACAAAGAUCUCAAGCGUUACAGGGGAAAUAUCACAGUGGACCCCGACGUUGAGUUAAAUUUCGAAGCAGUGAAGAAUUACACUCUUACCGUUGAGGCGACAGACCUUGGUCUGCAGGAAGACCGUGCCAGAGUGAAAGUGAAAGUAUUGGAUGUAAAUGAUAAACCACCAACGUUUGAAGAUGGAUCCCUCAAAGACUUGGGUGUAAAAGAGAAUACGACUGGCCUGGGAGUGGUGAGGAACAUCACCGGCACUGAUGAGGACACCAAGCACUCGCUGGUUUAUCACCUUCUCUCCGUGAAGUGCCUGUGCAAUUUGAACGUCUCGGCAGACGACUGUGAAAAGGACUGGUUCCGUCUGGAGCUGAGCGGCUCCCUGUUGGUGAAUAAUGAUUUUGUGAUUGACUAUGAGCAGUGCCAUGAAGUGCAGAUGGAAAUCCAGGUGGUGGAUAUCUUAACAGAGAAAGGCGUGAAUCACAGCAGCCCAGGAAUACUGAAAAUCCACAUUAUUGACAUCAAUGACAAUGCUCCUCAGUUUAUUUCAUCGGAGACGCUGUUUGUUGUGGUUCCAGAAGUUGCUGCCAAGGACAGCGAAGUCGGCAGAGUCACUGCAAAAGAUCGGGACUCUGGAGAAAACAAAGUCAUUGUGUUUGACGUUCUGACAGUGGAGUUCAUUCACAGCAAUGGGGAUAAAGAAACCAUGAGCAAUCUUUUCUAUGCAGACACAGUGAAAGAAAUUGAAGACUAUGCUGGGAUCAUAAGGACUUCAAACACCUUGAACACUAACUUAAAAGGACGAUACUUAGUAACCGUAGGGGCCAAAGACAAAGGAGUCCCAUCCCUCAACACUUCCAUUCAGUUGGACGUGUACACAGUUGACAGUUCAUUCCGUGUUCAGUUGGAGUUUAGGUCAUCAAUACAAGAAAUUGAUGCGAACAUUGACACAAUUAAAGGGGUAAUGGUUUCAGCUACAAAAGCAACAGUUCAUAUUGUAAAAAUUGAAUCAAAAGAACAGGCACAAAGGGCUUCAGAAUUCACUGUUUUAGUGGCAUAUUUUGUGUAUCCAAAUGGCAGUGCUAUUAUUCCUAGCAACAUUAUCACGAUUCUUCAGGAAGACAGGACAGCGGUGGACGUGCUCUACAGAUAUGGCCUCCAGUACAUUGAAUCAGGAGAGAAGGAAAGUAAAGAGAUCGAUCCUGUGUACUAUGCUGUGGCUGGCUUGGCGGCUGGCUUCGUCAUCCUGCUAGUUAUCAUGAUCACGACACUUGUCUGCACUCAGAGGAGCUAUAAAAGAAAACUGAAGGCGGCCAACGCCGUGAAAUCAGCAGCAUUUAUGGGAGCAGACAACCGUCACACUGGGCAAGUGGUCCCAGGGACUAACAAAUACACCAUGGAAGGGGCUAAUCCAGUGCUAAAUUUGAACAUUGAUUCAGCUACAGAUUUAGGGUUUGAUGAAGAAGGCUCAAAUAUCGACAGAGUGAGUCUCGACUCCUUGGAUGAAAACCUUGACAUUAAUAUGAGCGAGAAAGAGAAUAUGCACAUGAUGAUGAUCCAAGAAGAGGAUGAAGAGAACCCUAACGAGCCUCAUUACAUUGAGCCUCUUGGAGCUGCCCUGGCUCAGCACAGAAAGAAGGACAACGGGGAGACUCACACUUUCACAAACCCCUCUCUGGACACCACAGAUCUGUGAGAGAGAGAAAGCCAGUAGCCGGUGAUGCAUCUCAAAGAAUGAACCAGAAUGUUGGGGCACGUCUUCACACUUUGCAAUUACCCCCCCCCUCCAUUAUUUUGAUUAAAACUCGAUUGAGAAGCUGCCUCUGAGAAAUCACGUUUGAAAGACAAUUGUGUCCAAAACGAAGCCUUUCAUGUCACCCCAGCGUACGCAACAGAAAAAAAAAAGGCAAAUUGUUUCUUGAUUUCUAUUUGAAUGACAUUUUUUUCCUUUUGUCAGGUAGACGGUCUGAAAAAAACAACAACGAGUUUUCUUCUUUGUCUUUUUUUAUAAGAAGAUAAAAGCUGAACCCUAUCUUACAGUUCUUCGUUGUUCAAAGCUUUGCUUUGGUCAUCAGUGGCACGACAACUCCGAUUGGCCUCGAACUGCAGUUGUACGAUUAUCCUCAGCUCUGACGUGAAAAAGAAACUGCAGGGAAAAUGUGUUAAUCUGCUCCAGCUGACAAAUCUGCUACAAAUAAUCGUAUGCCAAUAAUGUGCAGCAACUGACAAGUAUUGAUCUCAGUUAAAUGUCUUAUUAUAUAUAUAUAUUUAUGUACCUUAAUGUAUUUAUGCUGACGUAGAUGUAAUACAAGGCACAUGUAAAAUAUACUGUGCAGUACCCAGUUGUUGUGCCUCUUUACAGUUCACUACGUGUCCCUAACUUGUACAUCCAUCAUGUGAGAAAGCAUAACACAUUGCUCAGAAUUCUCCAUGUUCUGACAAUAACCUAAGACUGAAGUAUUUCAUUGUGCUCUGUGAGUACAGUUCACAAACACUCACUAUCAACGGGUGGUAGGCCUUCAGGAAAAAACAAAACUUGUGACCAAUUUGCAAAGUGUGUACUGUGUGUUUUACUUAAUGAAAGGAAAAUCAUGCUGUUUCGGAAUUUGGAACUCUUGAAUAAAUCAAAUUUCCCAUUUUAAUUUUUAACUUUUUUUUUUACCACAUAUGUACAUACAGUAGGUGCGCAUAUGCGCAUUUGAGAAUCAGUUUUUUUCUCCAAUUGUAGAAACUGUUCCAGUCCUAUUAUGAAUGUAUUAUGCAGUUCUCACUUCCAGAGAUAGUUUAUAUCUUUAUAUGAAUCUUUUAUGUGUUUAUAAUUGGUGUCUCUUGAAUAGUUUCAAGAUUAAAUUCUGUUUAGAUGGAAUUUCUGGUUGAUAAAGCAAGAGGGUAUCAGUAGUAAUGGACAGGUAUAGAGGGAUAUGUUUUAUAGGUCUGCACUCAGUCUAAAGGGGAAACCAUUAGGAAUUCAGUUUUUUAAAUGCGUAGUGGUAAAGGGAAGUACUAGAAAUGCUGCUGGCACUGACAAAGGACAGGCAAAUGGAGUUUUAAACCUCAGGGAUUACUCUUUAAGAUUUCAGCAUCAACUCUGCAUUGCAUGAUACAGUAGUUAAUCCUAUUACUGGCAGUGGCUGAAGUGUGUCAAAUCAAAAAUAUGUUAAAAUUAGAAAUACAGGAGAAAAUAUCUUGGGUAUUGGUGUAUCUUAAUGAAUGUAUGCUAAGUGCAAUCUUUCUUUAGUUAAAAAAUACUUUUUUUUAAAUCAUGCUGUCCCAGUAAUGAAAGGUACCAACAUGCACAUAAUGCCCUUGUUUAAUAAAAUCACUCUAAAAUGCUAAUGCAUUGUUGCAAGUGUACUGUCGAGAUGUAAAAUGAAGCAGUCACAUGUAGUUUUCCUUUGAAACCUACGUUCUUUUGUUGUAUUAUAUAUCUAUGUUAGGAAUGUUGUUUUACUGUAACAGAAUCAUUUCUUCUCCAUGUUGUCUGUAUGUUUUUGAUUCAUUAGAAUCAACAUCAGCAUGUAUACAGUAUACUUACUCUGCUUCAUAAAUGAACAACAUAAAGAUAUUCAUUUAACCUGUA